GCAGCGCAAACAGCACAAAGCGGAAUGUUUAGGUGCCGCUUAAUGCCUGGAUAGACAAGACAGGCGUACACAACACAGGAAGGUGUACGACUUCGACGAGUACGGUUAUUAGCGUUCAGUAGCUUGGCUGAAGCUUGGCCGCGGCACAUCAUUCGUGACGUAUUUACUUUACCUGGGCCAGCACCCUUAGUAGCUUUAAUUACACAUGCUUAUGCUUCAAGCAGUCCAAUAAUCGCAGCCCCGCUUCGCCGCUCGCGGCACUGGUUUGAAUGGGUUGCGGGGCAAGCGUACAAACGCCAGGUAGUUUACCGCUAAACUCAGAAGCCGAGAAGACAGUAACAAACCAAGCGACACCUGUCACCGCUCCAUCGCCGAUAGCGGAAGACGUUCGGGCGGUUCAGGACCAGGAGCCGAAGGAGCCCGCCGGGCAGCAGGAAGGGGCACAACCUGCGGGCGACGCCUCCCCUGCCCCUGCCCCUGACCCCGCCCCUGUCCCCGCUAGCACCGACCCACCUCCCGAACCCAGCCCACCCCAGCCUAAGAGCUCGGCAGUCUAUGACGCCGUCACGGACUUCUCCACGGAAUCCACAGCAACCGAACCACCCGCCGCAGCGGCAACUCCAACACCCACCACACUACCAACACCAACAGUAACGUCCACGUCAACUGACGCUACAACAGACGCCACAACAACAACAGCACCACCAGCAACGUCAGCAUCAUUCACACAGCCCAGCACCGACCCAUCCCCAGCACAACCCACCCCAUCAUCCCAACCACCCCAGCUCCCCGACGCCCCCACACCCGACGACAACAACAGCAACUCCCUUCCUCCCCUCACCGACGCAGCAGCCACCCGCCUCGUCCUCAACGCCUCCUCCUCCUCUUCAGCCCCCACCCAGCACCCCCCUCCUCCUCCUCCUCCUCUUGCGUCCCCAUGCCCCACCUCCAGCCCACCCCCAGGCACCCCCAACCUCCCAGACCCCAGCAGUGGUCUGGUUGAUGUGGGGGCCAGCUGCUCCUCAGCCUUUGCGGAGGACCCCGCAGUGACACCCAGCUGCCAAACCGCAACCGUGGUGCUGCUGCCGGGGGCACUGUCUGCAGGUGGAGGAGGAUUAGGAGGAGGAGGAGGAGGAGGAGGGGGCGGAGGAGGCGUAGCUGGGUUGGUGGGGGGUGCGGCGGUGCGGUCUCGGUACACGGACGAGUCGGAGCUGUCCAUCGCGAGUACGUCGUACGAUCUGUCGGGGCGCGGGGAGGACAGCGAGGAUGACGAGCUGGAGGCCCUGUUCACGUUGCAAGCGUGGAAGCGAUUCUACGGCUACAACAAGAAGAAACACCAAGACUUGCUGACCUACUUUUGGCGCAAGUUCCAGGCUCAGGAGUACAGCUGCUUCUGCAUCAGCUACCGGAACCAGGACCUGCUGCUGACACAAUACAUGGCCGACAACUGCGUGCACGGCUACUGCUCCCGCAUCGAGGACCUGGGCCUAGCUCCCAGCCUCUUCCUGCAGAUGUACGUGUUGCAUGACGGUCGCUGUCAGCAGUUCCGAAUCGUGGGGCUGCUGCUGGUGCAGGGCAGCUCGCUGCCGCCGCCGCUGGCGGCCCUUGCGGCCUUUGACGGCUUCAACUACCUGCGUGCGGAUACCUCGGUGGCGCUUGUGAAGCAGUUCGUGUCGGCGUUGUUGGUGGGGCGAAGCCCGCUGAAUAGUUUGGCGCUGGUGAGCGCGAGAGAGGUGCUGUGAGCGGGUGCUGUGUGAGGGGCGAUGAACGUUGAUGAGGGCUGGUCGUGGGCUCGUGGCGUGGUUCGUUCGUUCGGUCUCAUUGGGCUGUUGCCCUGUUUUAGCGUUUUCCACCGGCGCUUUUUUGGUGGGUCUUUUCGUUCGCGUUGCUCGCCUCAUGCCACAUGACACACAUGGAGUGGGUGUUAUGGCCCCUCCAAGCACAGCACCCGAUACAGCACCCAGCACUGCACCCGGCAGUGGUAGCGCUAGAAGGCUUCAGGACACUAUCAGGUGUGCGCACACAUGCCCCUGCUGCGAACGACAACGUAUGCGGGACGCUUGGUUGAAAGGAGGUUGGGAGUUGCAGCAGCUAGGUGGGUGGUCUGGUGGCUGCAGCAGCUGGUUGGAGGUGUAUUUACGCUGGAUAGAACUCAACCCUUUGAGAGGGGGCCUCUAGAGGCUUCCAUUGUAUAGGCACGAUAGGCCGCACUGCUUUGGCUGAGAAUUGCUGAAGGGUUUAUUUGCCGGGUGGGCAAGGGGUAGGACAUGCACGUGACACGGUACCGGACGCCUGCUGGGGGGUCAUGCCCCGGGCAGCGAAACCCCGAACAACAACACACAGACACACACACACGGGGUAGUACGGUAUACCAUAUAAAGUCAUAUAGAGCUGGACUCGCGCAUUGCGCUUACUGUUCGACGGUUUUACACACCCGGUCUGCGCUUUUAGGUGUGUGGCUAAACUUACUUGAUUAUAGCCUACACUAAACUUGACACAUAACCUGACAUUGUCUCCGAUGGUGCUCUUGUGGUUGUAGUAAAGGUGGGUAAUAAAGGUGUGCUGGCCCCUGUGUGGCCCCUGCUGGCUGCAAUGAAAUAAGGCAGCAGCAAGUACGGUACAGCACACGCGGGACGGUGGUUUGGGAACGUGUGCGGUUUGGGCCCGCUCUGAACUCGAUCCGGGGAUCCGAUUGAGGAGGCUGCGAGCGAGCACUCCCUUGACUUUGACGAGUGAGGUCCGUGUGUUCGGUUGUUUUUUAAGGGGGCGAGCAUUGACGGGCGUGAGGGGGCGAGAGGUAGCAGUGCCGAGCCGGUUUGACUGCUGGUGGUUGCGCUUGCAGGAAUGAUGUACAGCGGGCGAGGCGGGGUCGCUGCGUUUCGCUUCCGUAUUGCAUGAGCAUGUUGGUUGUUGGCGCAUGGUUUGGCGGCAUUUGGUUGGCUGGUUGGUUGGUUCCGUACAGAUUUCCCUCUUCGGUUACGGUUGGAAAGGGGGAUGGACUUUUCCGCACUUUUCCGUAUGCCUUUAUACAUGCUCGGGUGUUGUUACCUGUGUUGUUGGGUAUGAAGCAUCGCAAGCCGCAGUGACCCGUGGUUCAGUAAGUACAUACGUAUUAGCCUAGGGGCGCGUCUGUGCAAGGGGGGGCAUCAACGCUCUUAGCUCUUGGAGAUGGUUACGUGCGCUGGCCGUGAGUCGGCGGCGCUAGUUCUCCGUGAGAGCUCUCCUUAAGAAGAGUCUUGAUGUCUCACGUCCGUUGCUUUUGACUCGCAUCAUACUUGUCGGCUUGAGGGCGAGAAUCACAUGUAUCUGUACAGCAGGAACACUGUACUUCAAUUUCAUUGUCAGUAUUAUCAUCGGCCUGGUUCCUUGUGGGCUGGGCUCCUCGGUGGCUUCCGGGUGACACGAGCGACCAGCGGAACCCGCCGCCAUCCGGCUGGAGAGAUGUAAAGCAGGGUGUCCACCAUGCGCGUGCGUGUAAUGAAGUACAGAGCG